CUCUGUGUGGAAGUUAAGUUCCCAUCUGGAGAGUGGAAUGAUCACAGCUGUAUCACCAAAAAUCAUUUUAUCUGCUAUGAUGAUAAACUGGUUCUGGUUUCAGAGAACAAGACGUGGUCAGAAGCCUUGAGGUACUGCAGAGACCGGGACAUGGAGCUGGUGUCUGUCCACAACCACAGCAUUCAGCACUGGGUCCGACAGAAAGCCAAGAUGGCCUCCAGUCCCUUCGUCUGGCUGGGCCUGAGGUACACCUGCACUCUGGACUUCUGGUUCUGGGUCAGUGGAGAAGAGUCCUGCUACCACAACUGGGCUGACGGGGAGGGCUACAACACCAGCAAGGAGCAGUCUGGGAACACGGGGGCCAUAGAGAGAGACGGGGGGAAGUGGGUGGCCCUGCCUGAGACUGAGAGAUUCAACUUCAUCUGCAGCAAAGUGUGAUGGUCAGAUUUAAUCUGUUUUUAAUCUCUCAAUUCAAUGUGCUUUAUUGGCAUGAUGUAACAAUGUACAUAUUGCCAAAGAUUACUUUGGAUAUUUACAAUAUUAAUAUAAUAAGAAUCUAAAUGUCAACAAUAACAACAAUAACCAAGGGUCACAAUAACCAACACAUUGAACAAUAACAAUAAGCAUACAGUAGAGGACAUGAGCAGGUUGAUUGGUCUGUCAGACACUGUCCCUCAUCUUAUGGCAGGCAGCAAUGUAGUGAGCUGCCAACCCACAGCUCUCUGCGUCCUCCCCCAACAUGACGGGUAGCCUACUCUCAUCAGAGAGGUCUCGCUCUCUCUCUGCGUCCUCCCCCAACAGGACGGGUAGCCUACUCUCAUCAGAGAGGUCUCUCUCUCUCUCUGCGUCCUCCCCCAACAGGACGGGUAGCCUACUCUCAUCAGAGAGGUCUCUCUCUCUCUCUGCGUCCUCCCCCAACAGGACGGGUAGCCUAUCCUCAUCAGAGA